AUGAGAAGUUAUGCUUUUUUAACUCAACUCUUAUGGAUAGCUUAUCUGGUUAACACAGAAGAUGGUGGAUUUACGUGCCCAAAUGGCUGGUGGCUGAUACAGGAUAGGUGUUAUGCAUAUUGGAGCACUAUACUACCUUUGACAUACGAGGGAGGAAAGACCGAAUGCUCAAGUGUCGGAGCACAGCUUUACGUUCCAAACUCGGAGAGCGAGUUUGACGACGUAGCAGAGUACAUAUCGUCAGCGUACCCGUUGCUAAACUACAUCUGGAUUGGGUGUGACGAACAGGAUGUCGAUGGCGUGUUCGAGUGCGUGGAUGGUACUCAGUUAGAUAGCUCAAAUGAUUGGUGGCAAGAUGGCGAACCAGUCCCGGGUAAUAAUCAGAAAUGCAUCGACAUCAAAUUGAGCACGUUUGAACUUCUUGAUAGCACUUGUACUGAUUUGGACAUCAUCUUGUGUGAAGGUCCGGCGACAGCUCUACCAUCCUCGGCUAUUCCUACGACUGAAGGAGAAAGUUCAACUGAAGAAACAUCGAUGAUACCAACCAGUCUCCCACAACCUUCUAGCGGAGAGAUCACCGAUACAGUUACCUCAAUCGAAGCUACCAUCGACACCACUGCAUUGGUGUCGAGGGUAAUAGCUAGUGAGGUAACUACCACAGGUGUUACCGCUUCCACUGACAGUACCGCUACAACACCCACAACCGCCUACUCAGAUACUUCGAUCACAUCUGGCACCACAAGCGGCACCACAAGCAGCACCACAAGCAGCAUCAACAACAUCACUAACACCAUCGCCACCGUCACCACCACGACCAAUACCAACACCAACAUCACCACUGCCGCCGCCACCACAACCGCCGCCGCUACCUCUGGUAACCCCUCGAGACGAAGGUCGAUAAUGUUCUUCCUUGCAGAGAAUGACAACGAUAACCACCUUUCUGGAUACUGCCUUUCAGGUCACACCUUGAAGAAGCAUAUAGGGGUUAGUAGGAUCCAAUGCGCAGGGUUCUGUAUGGUACGGAACGACUGCCGGUCUUUCAACAAGCAAGACAAUCUCUGUAGCUUGAACAGUCGACAGAAAGAUGAAGUCAGUUCGUCCUAUUUUGUUUCGACUCCAGGUUGUCAAUAUUACGAAAAGGGAAGCGAUUGA